AUGACCGACAAGACGCUCGUCGCCGAGCUGACGGAGGAGAUUGGCUCAAUAGCGGCGAAGCCGACGCAGAAGCUGAUCAGCAGCCAGCUGUGGAAUGACCUGGGCAGGCAGCAGACGAAGACGUUGCAAAACCUGGCCAAGGCGCACAUCGAGUCCUUCAACUUCAUGAUCAACGAGGGCAUCCAGAAGGGCAUUCAGAACAUUCAGCCGAUGGGCUUUCAGCUGCCCAACGGAGACCGGGUGGUCAUACAGAUUAUUGCGUGCUCCAUCUUUCCCCCCUGCGUGAACAACGACAGCAAGACCAGCUCCAGUGCGCUCUUUCCCUCGGAGUGCCGCAUGCGGAAGAUCUCCUACAAGGGCAAGCUGAUGGUGACGAUGAACUGGAGUCUGAAUGGGAAGGUGCAGGACAUCAUCGAGGACAUCGUGGGCGACAUUCCCAUCAUGGUCAAGUCGGCGCGCUGUAACAUCGAGAAGCUGAGCCGAACGGAGCUGAUCAGGCACAAGGAGGACGAGGAGGAGUUCGGCGGGUACUUCAUCAUGAACGGCAAUGAGUACCUCAUUCGCAAGUUGAUUGCCCAGCGGCGGAACUAUCCAAUGGCCAUCUCUCGGAACUCGUGGAAGGACAGCGGCCAGUUCUUCUCCGAGUUUGGCGUCUCCAUUCGCUGCGUGCGCAAUGACCAGAUUGGAGCGAACAUGGUCAUGCACUACCUGACGAAUGGGACCAUCAAGCUGCGCUUCUUCUACAACCGCCAGCCGAUCUACCUGCCGCUGGUUCUGGUCCUCAAGUGCCUGCUCGACGUCUCCGACCAGUACAUCUACAAUGAGCUGAUCCGAGGGCGGGAGGAGGACAAGUUCUACAAGAACUGCCUGGUCAAUAUGCUGCGGCUGGUGCAGCGGGAGGGCCUGUACACGGCGCGGCAGAUUCGCCAGUACAUCGGCGAGCGGGUGAGGGUGCGCUUUGAGGCGCCCUCCUGGUACACCGAUGAGGAGAUCACCGACUGUCUCUUUCGGGAGUGCAUCGCCAUCCACCUGAACACCAACGUGGACAAGUUCAACCUGCUGGCCUUCAUGGCCCGGAAGCUGAUCGCCUUCGUCCAGGGCGAGUGCGCCCCGGAGAGUCCCGACAAUCCGAUGUUCCACGAGAUCUACCAGAGUGGGCACAUCUACUUUACGCUCCUCCUCGAACGGCUCUCCAUCUUCCUCACCAACGUCCGCCAGGUGAUUGAGCGGAACUACCAGCUGGCGCAAAAGUCCGCCUCCAGUGCCACCACUGCCGGCUACACGCUGACCAACUCGACGAUGCGCAAGGCCCUCGUCUCGAAGUACUUUGAAAUUACCCGGGCGGUGGAGUUUCUGGUGACGACGGGCAAUCUGCGGUCAAAGAGCGGCCUCGGCCUGAUGCAGUCCGCGGGCAUCAGCGUCAAGGCGGAGAAGAUCAACUUUUGGCGCUUCCUCGCCCACUUUCGCUGCGUCCACCGGGGCCAGUUCUUCACCGAGAUGAAGACCACCGCCUGUCGGAAGCUCUACCCCGAGGCGUGGGGCUUCCUCUGUCCGGUGCACACGCCGGACGGGUCGCCCUGCGGGCUGCUGAACCACUUUAGCGAGCUCUGUCGGAUUACCAACUCGCAGGCGGCGGUGGGCCAUCUGACGCGGACGCUGGUCGGUCUGGGCAUGGAGCCGAUGGCGCCGGGGCCCAGCGCGGCGAUGGGCCCCGGCAGCCACCUGGCGGUGCUCCUGGACGGCCGGCCGGUGGGCUUUGUCCGCCUGGAGCUGGCGGCGAAGAUUGCCGAGGAGCUGCGGGUGAUGAAGACCACCGGUGGUGGAAACAGGCAACCGAGCGGCUUCAAGGGAGAACGCGUGCCCUCCACGCUGGAGAUUGGCCUGGUGCCGCCGACGGAGAAGGCGAGCCAAUUCCCCGGGCUCUUUCUCUUCUCGACGCCCUCGCGGAUGGUCCGCCCCGUCUACAACCUGGCCACCUCGGCGGUGGAGCUGAUCGGCAGCUUUGAGCAGUGCUACCUCGACAUUGCCGUCACCGGGGCGGAGGCGGUGGGCGGUGCCGUGGGAGGGGGCGGCGGCGGCGGCGGUGGGCGGGCAACCCACCAGGAACUGAAGGAGACGGCCUUCCUCUCCGUCCUGGCCCGGAUGAUCCCCUACCCUGACUUCAAUCAGUCACCCCGCAACAUGUACAGCUGUCAGAUGGCGAAGCAGACGAUGGGCACGGCGAGCCACACGCUGCGCUACCGCUCCGACAACAAGAUGUACUCGGUGGUCAGUCCGCAGUCGCCGCUGGUCCGGACCAGCGCCUACGACCACUACCAGCUGGACAACUACCCGCUGGGGACGAACGCCGUGGUGGCCGUCUGCAGCUACACCGGCUACGACAUGGAGGACGCCAUGAUCAUCAACAAGGCGAGCAUGGAGCGCGGCUUCAAGGCGGGCCUGAUUCACAAGACCGAGGUGGUGGACUUGAGGGAGGUGGCGGGCAUCAGCAGUCGCUCCUCGGACAUUCAGUUCACCUUUGGCUACAAGGACUACGAGGAGCGCUUUGAGGGGCUGUUUGACGGCGAUGGGCUGCCCUUCGUGGGGCGGAAGGUGGUCCAGGACGACCCGGUGUGCGCCUACGUCGACCUGGUGAAGGGCGAGACGAAGCUGCACAAGUACAAGUCGAGUGAGCCGGCCUUCAUCUACGACGUGAAGAUACUGGGCAACGAAAGUGGUAGUGAUACGGUGGUGCAGCGAGUGGCCAUCACCUACCUGAUCCGCCGAGACCCGAUCAUCGGCGACAAGUUCGCCAAUCGGCACGGACAGAAGGGCAUCUGCUCCUUCCUCUGGCCCGCCGAGGACAUGCCCUUCACCGAGGGCGGCAUCAUUCCGGACAUUCUCUUCAACCCGCACGGCUUCCCCUCCCGUAUGACCAUCGGCCAGAUGAUUGAGACGAUGGCGGGCAAGAGCGGGGCGAUGCACGGCCUGGUCCACGACUCGACGCCCUUCGUCUUCAGCGAGGACAAUGUCGCCUCCGACUACUACGGAAAGCUGCUGGAGGGCGCCGGCUUCAACUACUACGGCACGGAGCGGCUGUACAGCGGCGUCGACGGGCGCCGGCUGGAGGCCUCCAUCUUCAUCGGCGUCGUCUACUACAUCCGACUGCGGCACAUGGUCGGCGACAAGUACCAGGUGCGGUCCACCGGGCCGAUUGACCAGAUCACCCACCAGCCGGUGAAGGGACGGAAGAGGGCGGGUGGUAUUCGAUUUGGUGAGAUGGAGCGAGAUUCGCUGCUCGCCCACGGGACGACCUUUCUCCUGCAGGAUCGACUCUUUAACUGCAGUGAUAAGACGCUGGUGCACAUGUGCCGAAAGUGUGGCUCGCUGAUCUCCCCGUACCUCUCGAAGACCCGUGCCGAGCAGUCCUCCUCGCUGGCCACCGGCAUCGACGACGACAGCGCGCAGAGUCCCUUCUGGACGUGCAAGACCUGCGAGUCGCCGGAGAACAUCGUCAAGGUGGCCAUUCCCUUUGUCCUGCAGUACCUCGUCUCGGAGUUGGCCUCCGUCAACAUCAAGGUCCACUUUUCUGCUAGUUGA